UGAAAGUUGGAUGGGUGGCAGCGCUCAGCAGCGCUUAAAUUUUUAAGAACUUUUUCUUUCGCAGUUGUUGUGUUUUAAUUGUAAGUCCCCUGAAAAUGGAGAAGCAUCCUGAGCCGGAGAAUACCACUAAAAAUCCUGAAAAGGAAAUCCUGCAUCCGGAUGAUGCCCAGUACAUUUGGCUGCCCAUUUCGGUGCUCGUUGUCAUUUUUGUUCUAGCAGCUUUGGUCUACGCAAUGUCACGUAGUCGCUGUCGAGUUUCCUGGGAAUGUCUGAAACGCAGGAAGGCCCCCCGAAGUGGGUACAUAAACGUGGACGAGGAGGAUUCCGAUGUGCCCAUGGCCGGUGAGGAUGAACUGGGGGAUCACCGGAUUGAAGCCAGUCUGCUCAGCGGCCGGCUGCAAAUUCAGGAUCGACCACAUAAUGUCUUAAACGCCUAGCCAAUCUCAAAAGACUUCCAUAAACUUUAUUGUCCACGUUGUCUCCACGUUGGUUGUCAUCGGUGAAGUUACUAUUGCAAACUAAGUGCCUCUACUACAAGUACUACG